GACAGCCGGCUUCCGGACUAAGCUUUAACGAGGAUGGUAUCGCGCCAACAGCAAACCUUUAUCUGCAGCAACCUUUUGACGCCUGUGUGGGCUAUGUCAACAGUAAUGUAAUAUCUUCCGAUUUCUGAAUCAAUGCUGCCCAGUUCCUCUUGUUGCAUCAGCACAUACAUGAUUUCUUUGUUCACCUUUGUGUCUAAGAUGUCUGUGUCACCUAAACCCUGACGCCCAAGGCCAGCUGUGACUGAAAAUCUGAUCUGAAAAAGUACAAAGAACAAACAGGGAACUACCUGUCUGCUGCACUGCCUCUACUAAUUACUUCAAUUUUUAAAAUAUUAGUUUGACAGUAUAAUCCACAAAAUAGCCUUUGUGACCUAAGGUGUCACAGAGCAAUGUCCAACGACAUCUUGUAAAGUUAUUGAUGGGUAAUUAUGAACAUUCGCGGCUCACAUUGUUGCACUGUACAGCGAUUCGUUCAUAUCUGAAACUACAUUAAUACAGUCAGAAUUUGCGAGUAGACGGGCAACAAUGCAGAUGACGCCGGCGACCCUGCGCUUCCGGCGAGAGAUCGAUAAAGGGAGAUCACUAACAUCGAAACUCUCAUGGUUGUAGCCCCUGUGACUAUGUACACUGUAAGAUCCAAGACUCACAGCGAUAAAUGUGAUAGGUAUAUAACACAAUGCCACCAAGAGCUCAUAAAGUAGAUAAACGCGAAGUAAAUUCAACAUUUUUUCAGACAAAGAAACGUCAGGCGAAACGGAGUCCAGUUAAAACGAAAAGAAGACCACAAAAGGCAGGUGCGAUCCCAUCAUCAUGGAAACUGUUGAGUGACUCCGCCAAGUCAUUUAUUUUACGUCUAUUCGAUGACGGAAUACGUUUGCUGAUGCUUAAGAUUCCAAAGAGGUCGUCAGAAAAGGUGCACAGAGUUCUUACUGAUGCAAGAAAUAGGGUGGCCGUCAACUUGGAAACAUUAAAAGUGCCACCUGGUAGCCAUGAUUACAUCAGUGAUGGCAGUACAUUGGUGAAACUACGCAAGAAAAGAAAGCAGCUGGAUCGUAGAUUGAAGUCUCUUGAAGAAUCUGUUGAUCUUCAAAGCAAGGAAGUAGAAAAACUGGAGUCUGAACUCAAUCAUCUGUUGGAGUUUAAGUCAGCAGGCAAACAUCAUCCACUGUUCUUGGAGAACUUUGAGAAUGAACUUCACUUGACCUUUGACAGAAUUUAAUAAACCAUUUUGAAGAAUUCUU